GGACUGCGUCAACAUCCUCGCGCGGUCUAGUACUGCCAGUGAGGAGCACCGCCGGGAAGGUGAAACGAAGAAGGAGCUCUUCUGCCGACUAUGCGACUGCCCUGUCCUCCUCGACGGCGGCAAGCUGGUAAAUCUGUUGAUAACUUGUUAUGAUUCGAAAAUGCAUGUGCGUAUCAAGAGAUCUCGUCUGACAGUGGCAUCAUCCGGCCGGGCAAGAAGAGCUUCUCUUUGGACAAGCGUAGCGGGGCCAGGAAGUACAUGAUACCAGCGAAAGCUCUGUGGUACGGGUGGAGUGGCUACCACUACGGAGGACUCGUGUGGUCACGCUGCCACCCUCACUCCAGAUUCCGCGAGGUGGCGGUUCUCUCGUACCUGUGCUGGGUGGACGUGGACGUGACCUUGAACACCAAGAACCUCUCCGGCAUCGAUAGAGGCUAUGCGGCCUAUCUUGUAUACAGGGUGCAUUGGUUGCACGCAGACACGGCUCAGAACCAGAACCAAGAAAAUGCAGGGUCAUCGUCCGCGGCCAUUUGCUAUCAUGAGUGCAACCAUCUCGUGCCGCAGAAGCACUCGCGAUCUCUGUUAUGGGACAGGGGCUGGGAACUCGAUGGAUCACCAUCGCCGUCGAUGUCAGCAGACACAACGGAGAAAAUCCGAAGUCACAAGCAGCGGCUCAUACCUGAUGGCGUGGGCAUGAGGAGAGAUGGACAAUGGAUAGAGCAAGAGAUUAACAUAGAGUUGGACGAGCAGUGUCUGGAGGGGAAGGAGAGCAAUGUUUCCAUUGAGUUUAGAGGGUUCACUAGGUCACAUAGGUGCCAGAUUAUCAUAGAAGGGAUCGAGAUAAGGCCGAGAGGAAUGGAAAAGUUCAAAUCACGACUAAAUUCAUUAGAUAGAUAAAUUCACCGCAUGGUUAAGCCUGUUUUUGGCAAUAUUGCAAUUUGCAACUAUGAUGUUGU